AUGCUGAACUGACUGCGCACUGCGCAUGAGGAGGGAGCAACACUGAGAGAGAAAAACAACAACAUUCAUUGGGAGAAGAAGGGUGGAACUCAAUGACUCUGUGAAGUGAUCAGGGAUUUUGGACCUACCGUGAAAAAACCUACCCGCAUUUACGGCUAUUUCAAUUUCGACUGAACUUGUAGAUGGUGCCGUGCUCAUGAACCUGGCCAGUCAGAGCGGAGAGGCCGGCUGCAGCCAGCUCCUCUUCGCCAACUUUAAUCAGGAUAACACGUCCUUAGCAGUUGGUACUAAAUCUGGAUAUAAAUUUUUCUCUUUGUCAUCGGUGGACAAAUUGGAACAGAUUUAUGAAUGUACCGACACAGAAGAUGUGUGCAUCGUGGAACGACUGUUCUCCAGUAGCCUUGUUGCUAUUGUUAGCCUUAAGGCACCUAGGAAGCUCAAAGUGUGUCACUUCAAGAAGGGGACGGAGAUAUGUAACUACAGCUACUCCAACACUAUACUGGCUGUAAAACUGAACAGACAAAGAUUGAUAGUAUGUCUGGAAGAAUCACUGUAUAUCCACAAUAUCAGGGAUAUGAAAGUACUACAUACAAUUCGAGAAACUCCUCCAAAUCCAUCAGGAUUAUGUGCACUUUCAAUCAGCAAUGACAACUGCUAUUUGGCAUAUCCAGGAAGUGCAACAAUAGGGGAAGUGCAAGUUUUUGACACUGUUAAUUUGAGGGCUGCUAAUAUGAUUCCUGCUCAUGACAGCCCACUAGCAGCAUUGGCAUUUGAUGCAAGUGGUACAAAACUUGCCACAGCUUCUGAGAAGGGCACUGUCAUCCGUGUGUUCUCCAUUCCAGAGGGACAGAAACUCUUUGAGUUUAGGAGGGGAGUGAAGAGAUGUGUGAGUAUCUGCUCCUUGGCCUUCAGUAUGGAGGGACUUUAUCUGUCUGCCUCUAGCAACACGGAGACGGUUCAUAUCUUUAAACUGGAGACACAGAGAGAAAAGCCACAGGAGGAGCCCACUACUUGGACAGGGUAUUUUGGGAAAGUGCUCAUGGCCUCCACCACAUAUCUGCCUGCGCAGGUGUCUGAAAUGUUCACGCAAGGAAGGGCCUUCGCCACAGUCAGACUGCCAUUUUCAGGACACAAGAACAUCUGUGCACUUGCCGUAAUCCAGAAGAUUCCACGGCUUCUGGUGGCAGCAGCAGAUGGCUACCUUUACCUGUACAACCUAGACCCACAGGAAGGGGGAGAGUGCACACUAAUGAAGCAGCACAAAUUAGAUGGAAGUGCCGAACCUGCGAAUGAAAUCUUAGAACAGACAGCCCAUGAACGUCCACUCGUGGCCCAGACCUACAGUGCUGCUGUUGCCAAAGGUUACUCUGAGGAUCAGGGUGCAGUGGGCGGGGCUGGGGUGGAGGAUGAUAUGAACGCCCUGCAUCUGGACGAGGAAAAUGAGCAGCCCCCCCUAAUCCUGGAGACUGACUGAGAGAUCCCCCCUCCCUCACGCCAUGGGGCAGGAAAUAGAUGACGGAGUGACAUUUCAGAGGGGGGCGACUUUCUUCCUCCUCUGGUGCUGCUAUGAUCAUGUGACCUGGUGGAGAAGGGAUUAAAAGAGGGCAUUUUUAAAGCGAGCCUAGCUGUAGCCUCAUUCUGUCUGUUGUUACAUAUAGAUGUUUCUCUUUCUUUUCCCCUUUUUGUGGCUUUUUAAAAUCUGGUGAAUUUUGAUGCCCAGAUGUACCUUUAAUAUAAUACUAAGUAAGAAAACCGAGCUACAGCCAUCACGUCUCGUAGCUUUGCAUGUACAUGUGCCAAGUAUAGGAGUGCUAGACAUAAUUUGCUCUCGUGUCGAUGGUUCCGAUAUGUUCAGUGGACAUCCUCCUCUUGAGCCUUGACAGACGCUUAACGUGUGUGUGCGUGUGUUUCUUUCUUAAAAACUGCUUAACUGGCUUGAUACGCCUGCCAUGCCACUGCAUACUGUGCAGUGUUUUUCCGUUGUGUCGGAAAUGUGGGGUGAUUUCUGUCCCAUCUGCGUCUGUGGCUGUUCUAGCGCCGAGAUGUGAAUAUCGUCCUCCAUUAGCAGUGCUUAAGAUGCCUCCAUGUUGCUUUGACAGACUAGUCACGAAAACUUUGAAAGGUGACCUUGUCUGUCUAAACAAACAGUAUUCACAGGCUGUACUUUUCUGAGGGUCAUCUUUAGUUUUGGCCUGAAUAACACAAAGAAGCACUUCUUGUUUUUUAGACCAAUAUCCACACUACCUUAUGGACCAUUUGGUUAUCCAAUUAGGCACAAACAGGUUACAAGUCUCUGCGUCACCCCAGUGUCUUGCCCUACCCUGAUGUAAUUGAAUGGAAGAAUUUAGUGUCACUAAGGAUAUAAAAACAGCAUUAUUUUCAUUUGAAAUUGAAAUGAAGGUGAUUUGAUGUGUUGAUUUUGGCUGACGUUAGUGUGGAAACACUGCCCUGUGAUAUUAUGUAAUAAAAGAGGCUCAGCAAGCCAGCCAUUGUUUGGUUUUCAGCUUAAUAAAUGAAUUGUACUGAACUCAUCCUCCCUCUCCCAGAGCUACUGUCAGUACCUAAUUGACCGAUAUAACCAGCUUCACCUUCUUGUUUAGGAGAGGAGCUUGUAUUUUGAUCACACUGUUGAUGAAAGUUAAAAAGAUCCUCCAUUGCACGAAGGAAAAACUGUGCAGCUCACUGUUUCCAGACAGAUGUGGAAAAAAUUGCAGACUAGAUGGUAUGAGUCUAUGUUUGUGGCAUGUUCCCAUGGACGUCCCACUGGACCGUCAUCUAUUUAAUAAACACGGCUGAAGCCUAGGUCACAUGGUCUGGCAGCUGAGACAGAUCAGGUCAGUGGUGCUGUUAAGUCUCAAGGGGUCCCAAGUUCUCAUGAGAAGUAAAGAGGAGACGAGGGCUUGUGAAUGUGAUAAUCAAACGUUCUAGAUACAUAAUCAUCUCCAGUAUGUCCAGCAAGCACAAAGUGGAGACGGAAUUAUGUACUCGGCACCAUUCAAACAAGACGGAAUUCUCAAACGGAGCAACCCAGAGGCUCCCAAAUCUCCAAUUUCUAUGCAUGAUUGUCAGUUGAGCAUGACCUGAUGGUGUAUACCAGAACAAAUAAUAAUGUUAUCUGAUUGACUUUCUUCAUCAGCCAUUGAGCUCUGACAACUGUAGGCCACUAUAAUUUUUUUUAAAUGAUUUUUGUAUAAAAUGUGAAUUGUUCCAUAUAAAGAUAAAAUAAAAUCUCCGGUUGAAUAUAUCA